AUGCUCUGGAGCCUCGGGGAGGUGGAGAACGCGCUCAACAAGGAGGAAGAGUUGAGGUUCGGGACCGUGUCCGCGGAUCUGCUGGCGCGCCUCUCCACGCUCGUGAGCCGCGCGCUGGUGAGGGUCGCCAGGGAAGCGCAGCGGCUGAGUUUGCGCUACGGCAAAUGCACCAAAUACGAAGUCCAAAGUGCCAUCAAGAUGAUCCUAUCGUGGACCAUCUCGGUCAACUGCAUCGCCGCGGCGCUCAGCGCGCUGUCCAUGUACAACAUGAGCACCGAGGAUAAAUUCAGCCGGGGGAAAUCGGAGAGAUGCGGCUUGGUCUUCUCCGUGGGGAGGUUCUUCAGGUGGAUGGUGGACAGCAGGGUCGCUGCUCGCAUCCACGAGCAUGCGGCCAUAUACCUGACCGCUUGUAUGGAGAGCCUCUUCCGAGAGGUCUUCAGCCGGGUGUUGAAUAGCUCGGUGGUGGAGAAGGAUAACGGGAUCCCCAAAUUCACACUGGAAUCCUUUGAGCAGGCUCUGAGCAAUGAUUCGGAGUUGUACGGCCUCCUUUUGCCCUAUCAGCACCUCACAUGUGGGAAAAAUGCCAAUGGAAUCCUCAGUUUGCCGGACAGUUUGAGCCUGCACAGGAACCAGCAGCGCUCAAAUAAAGCUGGAGACGCCUACAGUCAGUCCGAGCAGCGUACUAUUGAGCAGUCCCUGCUGGCCACACGCGUGGGGAGCAUCGCUGAGCUCAGUGAUUUAGUGUCCAGAGCCAUGCAUCACCUCCAGCCUCUGAGCAUAAAGAACCACAGCAACGGCACUCCGCUCCCUCAGAAGAGCAGCCUGAUCCACUGGGAGCCCGAGGCUUUAUAUACGCUCUGCUACUUCAUGCACUGCCCUCAGAUGGAGUGGGAGAACCCCAACGUAGAGCCGUCCAAAGUCACCUUACAGACGGAGAGGCCGUUUCUCGUACUGCCUCCUCUGAUGGAGUGGAUCAGAGUAGCUUUGGCACAUGCGGAGCACCGCCGCAGCUUUUCAGUGGAUAGCGAUGAUGUUCGGCAGGCGGCCAGACUCCUGCUGCCCGGGGUGGAUUGUGAACCCCGCCAGCUGAAGACUGAUGACUGUUUCUGCGUGUCACGUAAGCUGGAUGCUGCCUCUACCGAGGCCAAGUUCCUGCAGGACCUGGGCUUCCGCAUGCUCAACUGUGGCCGUACUGACCUUGUCAACCAGGCCAUCAACUUACUAGGACCCGGUGGAAUCAACAGUAUGAGUGAACAGGGCAUGACCCCUCUGAUGUACGCAUGUGUUCGCGGUGACGAAGCCAUGGUUCAGAUGCUGCUAGACGCAGGAGCCGACAUCAACAGUGAGGUGCCAAACACAGUGCAAAAGUACCCCUCAGUCUUCCCAGAGACCCGGCAGGCCACGCCUCUCACCUUCGCCAUACUUCAACAGCACAUCCCCGUGGUGCAGUUGCUUCUGGACGCUGGAGCUAAUGUGGAGGGCUCUCUGCAGGACGGGAUGGAGAACUACACUGAGACGCCUUUGCAGUUAGCUGCCGCUGCAGGGAACUUUGAGCUGGUCAGUCUGCUUUUGGAGAGAGGAGCGGACCCCAUGGUUGGGACCAUGUACCGCAACGGCAUCUCUACCGCACCACACGGGGACAUGAACUCCUACAGCCUGGCCGCAGCGCAUGGACACAGGAACGUGUUCUGCAAGCUUCUGUCGCAGUCGGAAAAGGGGAAGGCAGAUGUUCUGUCUCUACAGGAGAUCUUGGCUGAGGGAUCAGAGAUGGAAGAGAGGAAUUCCCUGAAGAUAGAAGCAACCCGCACGGGGAAGACCAAACUCAAAGCUCUGAGAGAGGCGAUGUAUCACAGCUCUGAACACAGCUAUGUCGACAUCACAUUGGACAUCAGAAGUCUAGGGGUGCCCUGGACGCUGCACACCUGGCUGGAGUCCCUGCGAACCUGUUUCCUGCAGCACCGGCGGCCGCUGAUCCAGGGUCUGCUGAAAGAGUUCAGCUCUAUUGAAGAGGAGGAGUACACAGAGGAACUCAUAACACACGGCCUCCCACUCAUGUUCCAGAUCCUGCGUGCCAGCAAGAAUGAAGUGAUUAGUCAGCAGCUGGCCAUGAUAUUUACUCAGUGCUACGGACCGUAUCCGAUCCCCAAACUUACAGAGAUCAAGAGGAAACAGACGUCAAGACUGGAUCCUCAUUUUCUAAACAACAAGGAGAUGGCAGAUGUGACCUUCCUGGUGGAAGGAAAGCCAUUCUACGCUCACAAAGUUUUGCUCUUCACCGCCUCCAACAGGUUUAAAUUACUUCUGGCAAACAGACCAGCUGCUGAGAACACCUGUAUCGAAAUCAGCCAUGUCAAAUACAAUGUAUUUCAGCUGGUGAUGCAGUAUCUGUACUGUGGUGGAACGGAUUCACUUCAAAUCAGAAACACUGAGGUUAUGGAUUUCCUAGAGGCACCUGAGCUGUCGACCUACAUCGAGGGCUACUUUCUGAAGAACAUGGCAGUUCUCAUAGAGCUUGAGCCAUUUAAACAAUUGCUCUAUAACACCCCAAUGGAGAACUGCUGCCCCGACGUGUUGCAUGAUCUGGAGAAGACGCUGGCCACGCGCAUUCGCUCCAUUCAUCUGUCCUCCUCGAAGGGAUCCAUCGUCUAA